ACACAUAUCAAAUGAGAUUUGUGUGGCCCAUAUGUAUUUGGUGCCUCCUUGUACCAAUAUCUAUAUGUUAAAAUAAAAUAAUAAAAUAAGCUAUUCAUUGAUUAUUAGUCAUACUAUUCAUUUGAGUAGGUAGACCCAUUAGAUUUUUUAUCAGAUUGUUAUUCCUCUCUAAAUAUAUCAUUUUUUCAUGUGAUGUUUUCCAAUAUGGAUCUGGAUUUGGUGAUAGCUUCCGUUGUUCCUAUUAAAUAUUCGGUGCCUUUUACUUUUUAGAUUAAAAUUUCACGACAGUCACAACCACCAGAUUCAGAUGGUCUAACUGUAAUAAACACAUGUGAAACAAACGCCAUGAGUGUUUUACCUCGUCUACUUCGAACUAUGACAAACAGAAAUUCUCAGACAGCUAAUGAUAAUCGAUCUGCCGUUGAAAAUAAUCAAAUCUCAAAUGGUGAAUUAUGCUUUUCAGUGUCUGUCCCUGGACCAACUGUCAAUGAUAGUGAUUCUUCAUCUUCUUCCUCUUCUUUUAUGUCAACUCCAUCUUCCGGUUCAUCAUUGAUUUCAUUUCUUUCUCCUGGACAUUUAGGACCUGUUGCUGCUAUGGCCGCUGUAGCGUUGUCAACUGCUGUAACUACAAUGUCCGUAAAUGAUAUUCAAGAAUCUUCAGGUCUAGUAACUUUAGCAACUGCUAGUAGCCUAAUUGAAAAAGAAUGGCGUGCACGUGCUUCGGUUGUUAAUACUAAUGAAAGUAUAAAUAAUGCAAAAGAAAAUGCUGAAACUACACUUACUGUCCAACAUCAUACUGAUUUAUUAACAUCUACUAUUCAAGGAAAUAUGGAUAGAAAUCAACAAUUCUCUUUGGAUGGUUCACCACCUUUAGUAAUUGGUGCUUUAAAUACUUCAUCAUCACAGUCCUUAUUAAAUGAAUCGACCCCAGUGACUAGAGCUGUGUUGAACGUUCAAAGUUUAGCGGCUUUUAUUCGUGAAACUCAGAAACAAUGCUCCAUAUCCAGUCCAACCCCAUCUAUUGAACUGCCUCUAACGUCAGUUUUCCCUCUUCAAACUGAAACAAAAUUAACUUCUUCGUGUUCUGUCAGGCAAGUUGCUUCACCUUCCUAUCUUUUACCUGCUGCAUCCACUCCAUCUUUUCUACCAAUGACUCCGGUCCCACAAAAUCUUCCAACCGUUUUAGAACAGCCUUUACAUUCAGAAUCAGUAGCAGUAAAUCAUAAUACUCAUCCAUCACCACCUAUUCAAUCAACUGCAUUCAUAUCUUUACAACCUGCACCAGGUUCUUUAAUUAGUCCUUCUGAUUUACAACAGCUUGUAGCAAGUGGGGAAUUCAUGUCCUCAGCAGCUCGGGUAAGUUCAUCUCUUAUAUAAUCAAAAAUAUAUUAUAUAGAAAUAUCUAAAUGUCACUGUAAUACCGCGUUACCACUUCAUACUUCGAUCCUAAGCAUAGAGUUGUUUUAAAAAAUUUUCAAUCAAAUAUUAUCACUGCUCAAGUUUAACUAGACGUUGUUUCAUACACUUCUGACAAUCAAUUUUCAUUGAAUAUUCGUUUUGUUAUAGUUUGAGAACAUCUCUUGAGUUUUCUUAGUAUUGAACUUAGUUUCUUCGUCUUUCAGUUAGGGUAUAUUUUGUGGUCUAGUUGCUAAUUUAUUGUUCACCAAAUUUUAGUUGUUUUGGAAUAUACAUUGACCAGAAAUGAUAUUGGUACGUGGUCAUUACUGUUUAUCAUCUAGUUAGUAUUAUAGCGCAAAACGGAUUAUGACUUCUUUUCCAGUCUCAUAUUUCAGUUAAAUUCACUAUCAUCUAUCAUACGCAACGUAGAACCUCUUACACAUGUGUAUUAAUUCUAUUUGUCAUACCACAUUGACACAGCGAGAUAAAAUUAUUUUAAGACAACCUGACUGAGUGGGAGUAGCAACAGUAUCAGUAGUGUUAGUAGAAAAUAUAUAGUAUAGAAAAAGAAAUAAGGUAUGAGGAGAUUUCGGGACUCAUAUUCCUAAAGAAGACAAGAAGUCAAUACAUGUGCACAGUUGUGAACGAUUUUGAACUAUAUCACCUGAAUUCUCUAACCACUUGUUACGGUAAUUGCGUGUCAGUCAGUCAGUCAGUCAGCUGCAACGUAGGACCAGGCACAUAUGUGCAUCGGUCCAGGUUGCCAUACCGCACCAGCACAACAAGAUGAACACUGGAUUCAUAGCAGUGGUUAGGUCAAAGGUGGUAAUAUAUAAAAGAAAGAUUGCAUAUAAGGAUAUAGUACAAGGAGAAAGAAUUGGUUCGUAGAAAGAAAGAUAUGAAGUGAUUUUAAUCUCUUAGUUUAAGGGAAGACAGGGACUGUAUACACCGACGCCAUUGUGAUCGAUUCUGAGCCGUGUCACCAAGAGUCUCCAACCAUUGGUUACGAUAGUCACGCGGACCCCAACCAAGUAGUCUGCAUCCACCAACAUGGCUCAGACUAGAAGUUAGUGACUUCAAGCACUGAUGCCACGUUUUGGUUUGGCCGCCCCUAACUUUCUUCCAACCAUCUCCAAUACCGGAUAGCAUUGCACGUCGUGGUAAUCGGUGUUCAGGCAUACGUAACACGUGGCUCAACCAUCUCAGUCGAUGAAGAUUCACAACCUCAUCAACUGAUUACCAUCAUAACCUAAUACCCUGCGUCUAACCUCACUAUUACUAUCCCGGUGAUCCCAGCAGACGCCAGCAAUAUUUCUAAGGCAUCUGUGGUCAAAUACUAAUAGCUUACGAGUGUCUUCUACUCUUAAUGGCCAUGUUUCGCUGCCGUAAAGUAAAACAGAACGGACUGCCGCGCAGUAUACUCGUCCUUUUAUUGAUAGACGGAUAUCUCGCCUUCGCCAUAGGUGGCGCAAGUUGGCAAAAGCCAAACGAUCUUUUCGAAUCCGUGCUGAGAUUUCGUCAGACACCAACCCAUUAGGGCUUAUCAGACUUCCAAGAUAAGUGAAGCUGUCAACGCGUUCGACUACUUCACUCCCUAUCCUUAGUUCUGGUGUUGACGCAGACCAGUCCUGAAGCAACAACUUGCAUUUCGAGGGAGAGAAGCGCAUUCCAAACAUUCUGACAUUGUUGCUUAGUGCUACCAAAAGACUUCAUUUUGUCAGCGUCUUCACCAAACAGGACUAUGUCAUCUGCGUAUUCUAAGUCGAUAAGUGGACCUCCUGGAUGGAGAUCAAUACCCGAGAACUCAGUCGACGAGAAAGUUAUUUCCAUCAGUAGAUCUAUGAUGAAGUUAAACAAAAAUGGGGAAAGUGGACAGCCUUGACGGACACCACUUGAGGUUGCAAAAGCAGAUGACAGUUCACCAUCAGUUCUGACUCGACUAGUAGUGUUCGAGUAAAGAGCCUUUACAAGGUUUAUGUACUUCUGAGGUACGCCUUCCAAUGACAGACACUGCCACAGAAUCUCGCGGUCUACCGAGUCGAAUGCUGCUUUUAAGUCGAGAAAGACCAUCAUUGUCGGACGCCGAUAAGUAUGCCUGUGUUCUAGAAUCUGCCGAAUGGUGAAUAUGUGGUCGAUGCAGCCACGACCAGGUCUGAAGCCAGCGUGAUUCUCUCGUGUUUGCAGUUCACGAGUCUUAGUUAGGCGUCUGAUAAUUAUCGAGGCUAGUAUUUUAGAUAUUAUAUUAGUUAAACUAAUCCCUCUGUGGUUGUCACAGGAUGAUUUUAACCCUCUCUUAUAUAUUGGGACGAUAAGUGAUUGUGGCCAGUUAGAUGGGAUAACGUCUAACUCCCAGAUCUCAGCUAAAAUAUUAGUCAACCUAAUCACUAAAAUUGGACCACCAUACUUGAAGACCUCUGGAGCCAAUCCAUCUGGACCAGCUGCCCUUCCUCGUUUCAGAUUAACUAUAGCCUUUUGAACUUCAGCAAGAGUUGGGGGACCUACUUCAAUGUUCCAUUCACACUGUCUGGGAAUGGAGGGUAGUUGUAGAGUCGCUGAAGGCCAGCUGAACUGUUCCCUAAUGUGUUCCACCCAUCGUUCUAAACGUCUGGACUGGGAGCAGAUGGGAGUACCGUCUUUUUCCGAAAUAAUCUCACUUACACUUGACUUAUUAAUUCCAGUUUCUUUUAUUAGUCUGUAAAGCUGUCUUGUGUUCCCUAUAGUCGCCGCCUUUUCCAUCUCUUUUGCUUUCAUUGCCCACCACUGCUCACGGUCGUUUCUUAGACUUUUUCUUAACCUAGAUCUGAUUUGUUGUCGCUCUUCAUCAUGUUCGGAACCUGAUGGGACGAGUUUGCGAGAAUCCAUCAGUGUGAUAGACUUUGGAGAAAUCCAUUGGUUCUUUGUAACUCUGUGGUUUAAGUCGCUAAUAGAUGUCACUGCUGUUUCCACAGCUGCUUGUAUGUCUUUCCAAGCAACAUCUGGGUCAGCCUCGUCUUCAGAACUACCUAAUUGUGACCUCAGUUGUUCUUGGAACCUACUUUUGGUUUUCUCGUUACUCAACUCAGUUCUAACGGGUCUUUUUAAUGUGGCUUUUUUGCGUCCAGUGAGGCGCAAGCAGAUGCGCGCCCGUAUGAGGGCGUGGUCGGAGUUCAAGCAGGUACUCCAGAAUGAGCGACAAUCUUGUACCGACCCUCUCCAACGAUGACUGAUGGCAAUAUGGUCUAUUUGAGUUCAUCGUUGGUUUGGUGCAGGCGGUCGCCACGUUAGACGAUGUCUCUCCUUAUGCUUAAAAUUUGUGUUUGCUAAAAAUAAGCGAUUGUCUGAACACAGUUGCAGCAGACGGUCACCAUUAUCUGUUCGCUGUGCCGGAAUGCUAAAAUAUCCACCUAAAUGCUUUUCUGUUUGGUUUAAGCUACCUAUCUGAGCAUUAAAGUCACCUGCUACGAGUACUAUGUCUGAGCGUUUAGCUUUCUGAAGAAGUUCAGAAAGCUUUCUGUAAAAUUCAUCUUUCACAUCAUCUGAGCUGCAGUCAGUGGGAGCGUAGGCAGAAACGACGAAAAGGCAACGACGUGUGUCCCUAUCCUUCCGAGUUCUUACGGAGCCGUUUAGCCGAACAGCACAUAGACGACUGUUGACGGGGAUCCACUCUAGCAGUGCUUGUUCCGCCCUCAUGCUUAGUACUAUGCCUACACCUGCCAGUCCACAAGAACUGGCCAUCGGGUCACCAGAUACACGGAGGGUGUAUCUCGUUGGCUCUCUGUUUUGCCGAGGUGAGGUCAAGUGAAUGACCACACUGGAAUCCUGCAUGCGUGUUUAGGAGACACAGCAUACAUCAAUGGGAAGAGACUCUAGGGUUUUAGCCAAGGAAGCCUGCUGACCGAUUUGACAUAGGGUGCGUACGUUGAAGGCUCCAAUGUGUAGUUUGGAGCGAGGUUUCAGUAGACCUGGGACAGAGUUUUGAGCAUUAGAAUCGUUGGCUAUGGUGACACUUGAGGAGGAAGCCGAAAGAGGAAGUUUAGAGUUUGAAGUCGAUGUAGGAGGAAUAAUAGGAAUUGAAGAGGAAGGUUGAUUAUGAAUACAGUGGUCUCGAGUGCUGUUAGAGGUAUGAGGGUGGUUAUCACUUCCCGGUUGCCCACACCGUGGAAGGGUUCUUCUGGAGGUACCUGAAAAGGAAAUUGGAUUAGUGUUGGCCUUAACGACCUGGGAGCGUGACCGCAGUGCCCAAGGGACAACUGCUCGAGGCCGGUCGCGCACGGCCUUUCCGUGGGAGGUUUUUGACGUGUUAGCUCCGUUCUUCAAAGGGCCUUACCGCCGGAGACGGAAAUCCGUGAGGUAAGGCGAGGUGUGACAUCUUUAGGGUUGACCUUAUCUAGCCCCACCCCUCCUUGUGGGAAGGCAGCAUCGCUGUCAUGCUGGUUGUCUGAGGGAAACACCUUAUUGUUGUCACACCCCUCUACAGUUAGCAGUACGACUUUGCCCUCAGACCUUGAGUUGCUGCUUUUAGUCUUACUGUUCUCCAAUCGACCUGCCUGGCAUGGUAGAACCUACAGGAACAUAUGUUCCAGUCAAUAUAGCUCGGUUGGGUCAUCACGAUAGGCAAGCCCGACCACCACGUCAAGGUAGCAACAACGGUCGGGAAUUGCAUGUACCCUAACCAGAUAGGUCGCACCUACGUACCUGAGUCAGUCCAAUUUUCAUUGGCUUCAUAGACUGGUGCCACAUCUUCGACCUCCCCUAGCCUUCUCCCAACCUAAUUCUACACUAGACAUCACUCAUCGAGGUAGCCACUUGUUGGGCAAACGUAACACUACCCCAUCAGUCUAUUUUCCAUGUUUACCGAGUACCCUAUCCCUAAUCUCGACAUAACCUUAUUCGAUGGUCUGAAAGUGCACGAUUAAUGCUCGAUUUGAGUUACUUAUAAGCCAUUCAACUUUAAAUCUUGCCAUGGAGUGCAAUAGUACUUGUUCUGCGGUAAGACAGGUAAAAGUUUUAUUCCAGUUUAACGAUUGUGAUUUUUUUUCACUCCGGUCAAAAUACUAAACUUUCAAACAUAUUUUGACGUUAUUCAUGAAACAUCCUUUUAGAUUUUUCCCCAUAAAAGCUCCGUAACAAUUUGAGUUUUUAUCUGAACUUGACCAAAGUUUACGUUCGUUAUGACAUUAAUGUUUAUCAUUCACUCUUGGUAAAUAGAUGUUUUUGAUUCAGUAUUUUUUUAUUAUAAAUAACAAUAAUAAUGGAGAUUUUAGAUUGUUUUAAUCUGAGUUGCAUGUGAUGUAAUACUAUCAGAUAAUUCUCAAAUAUAUGGCUUUCGUAUCCUUCAAUAACUGUCACGAUAGUAUGCUAACUAUGUAGUUUGGUUCUUUGGAUUUAGCAAACUUUACUUGGUCAGUCUUCUGAUGGAUCUACACGACAACUUUAUCUGCUCGUACCAAGUGACUGUCCUGUAAUUAUGCCAAGAGUUUCAAAUAACCAACCAACUAUGACUCCUAUUCUACCAUCUACAUCUCCUUUGAUUGAAUCUAUUCCCACAAGUGCCCCAAUAUUGGAAGCUAUAUCCCCAGGUGUAGAACCUGAAGAAAAUUGUGUUCAAAUGCAGUCUGAAUCGUCAACAUAUAACAAUGCACAACAGGUGCUAACUUCUGUUUCACAUUUAGCAUCUACAAUGCUUAACCCAAUGAGUUCUACAUCCACGACAGCAUUAUCUACUUUCCUGGCCGGUUUAGAAGCUCGUAAUCAUCAACCUAUACAACAGAUUCAACUAGGUGGAUUACCUUUAUCUGCUGCAACAUCUUCGCUGUCUUGUUCAUAUUCUGACUCUUCAUCAGCCCACACUGCUAAAGACUCAUCGGCUCCCAGUUGUUCACAACUCAGAAUUCCACUUCAAGUUUCUGGCCUUCCCAUGUCCGAGAAUGGUUCAUUAUCAGUUGAACAAAAUGUUUACCCUGUUACAAAUAACGUUGCGAACUCUAUAUUAGGUGUUGUAAAAAGCGAUCCUGAUAUGUACACUCCUAAUGGGCAUACUUAUUCAUCUCUAGUAGAUGAAACUAAUCGAUUCCGAUCUUAUCCAACGUAUACUCAACAAUUAUCUCAUCAUUUACCUCAUGGUACAACUGUACGACAGUCUGUUCUAGCUGCCGCUUCUACAACAUCAAAUAAUUCUUUCUUCCAACAAGAAUCUUCAAAUUCUUUAUUAUUAAAUCAAACGUGUUCUGUACCAAGUAAUGUCACGUCAAAUAAUACGACCACUGCUACUAUUACUACUACUACUAAUAAUAAUAACAAUGGAGAGGAAUCAUUAACAAAUGGACAUUUUCAGUCACCAAUGUCACAUUCAAAUGUUUCGGCAACCAAUACAUUUACUACUUCAUUAGCACCUAAUUCAGAUAAAACUCCACAGUUGCCAUCAUCAUCUAAGUCUAACACUUCAAUAGAUGAAUGUCGUAGAAAUUCAGUAACAAACACAAUGUUAAAUACAUCCAGCAAUCGGUCAGAACAAGUCAAGGGUAAGUAUUUCAUGUAAAUUACAUACUUUUAAGAUUUAAUGUUUUAAAUUGUUUAUAAGAGGAUUGUUAGUGCGAUUAAAAAAUUCACGUAUAUAUAUAUACGUGUAUAUGUAUGCCUUGUAUUUCCUAAGAAAGUUUUUCAGUUCAGAUGAUGCGGCGAAAGUUUGAUUCUUUUUCUUGGGUGUUGUGUUUUGUGAACUGGUUUAAAUGUAUUUUUAAUUUAUAGGAAUUUUUAAUCCUAAGAAACAGCCUCAACUAAAUGUCGAGUUAACUGAUACGACUAGAAGAGUUUGUGAACAGAAGUGUGCACAUUUUUAGUGGUAUAAAGAAGCGCCCAAAUACAAGAUAAGACAUCUAUUCAUGAGCAUGCUGACUGUUGAGCUGAACGGAACCAUAUAGGUAGAUUCAUAAUACCUGGUUUAGGGUCCGCAUAAUUCUAGACACCUAGGCAAAGACUUCAUGUGAAAUAAUGACUCAAAACCAUUCACAGUGGCUCAGGCACAUUUAUUCUCUGUCUUCCUUGAAAACCUGAGUCUCUAAAUUACUUUACAAAUUUUUUUAUAUUUCACUGACUCCAUAUUACCUAAUCUCUUACCACCAAUGCUACUACAACCUCGACUAUCAUGAGAUUUAUUCUUAUAAUUUCAUCUUGUACUAAUGAGUGUAUAACAAUUUGAACUAAUGUACACAUGUGCCAGACUCUACAUUGCGUUUAACUGAUUGAAUAGUAUAAACAUUCUGUGUUCUAAUAGUUGAAUUUAUGAGUCGAGCUAGACCACCAUUGAAAACCUGGAAGCACUGGACGGUCGUUUUGUCCCAGCGUGGGACUCCUCAGCAGUGCUCAUCCAUGAUUCCACACACGGGACUCGAACCCCCCAUUCUGAUAAUAAUCACUAGUGACUGGCUCCAAGAUAGAUUUCCUGGAUUUCUAGUUGUGAAGAAGUUACACACUGAAGACAAGGGGAGAUAGUCGCGCAUUAUCGUAGAUUGACUGAAAUUAGACAUUAACACCGUUGGAUACCGGCUCAUUGGUUCAGAGGCUAAGCGUUCGCGCGCGAGAUCGAAGUCCUCGUUCCGAGUCCAACAUGCAGUGUCGUGUCACGUUUCGAUCGGAUAGUUACAAAUGUUACUGUAUUUGGUAUGUUCUAGAGGCUUGUAUGAGACCAAAGUCAUACAAAGCAUCAUAAAUACGUCUGAUAUUCUAUAACAGUUCAACUGGCUUUCAGCUACUCUACAACUACCCUCCAUUCGCAGACAGUGUGAAUGGAACAUUGAAGUAGGUUCCCCAACUCUAGCUGAAUUUCAAAAGGCUAUAGUUAAUCUGAAACGAGGAAGGGCAGCCGGUCCAGAUGGAUUGGCUCCAGAGGUCUUUAGGGAUGGUGAUCCAAUUUUAGCGAUUAGCUUGAUUAAUAUUUUAGCUAAAAUCUGGAAAUUCGACGUUAUCUCAUCUGACUGGUCACAAUCACUUAUCGUCCCAAUAUAUAAGAAAGGGUCAAAAUCGUCCUGUGACAACCAUAGAGGGAUUAGUUUAAAUGAUAUAGUAUUUAAAAUACGAGCCUCGAUAAUUAUCAGACACCUAACUAAGACUCGUGAACUGCAAACACGAGAAAAUCAAACUGGCUUCAGACAUGGUUGUCACUGCAUCGACCACAUAUUCACCAUUCUUCAGGUUCUAGAACACAGGCAUACUUAUCGGCGUCAGACAAUGGUGGUCUUUCUUGACUUAAAAGCAGCACUUGACUCCGUAGACCGCGAGAUUCUGUGGCAGUGUCUGUCAUUGAAAGGUGUACCUCAGAAUUACAUAAGCCUUGUGAUGGCUCUUUACUCGAACACUACCAGUCGUGUCAGAACUGAUGGUGAACUGUCAUCUGAUUUUGCAACCUCAAGUGGUAUCGGACAGGGCUGUCUACUAUCUUCGUUUCUACUUAAUCUCAUCAUAGACGUACUGAUGGAAAUAACGCUGUUGUGGACUGAAUUCUCGGGCAUUGAUGUCGUACCAGGAGGUCCACUUAUCGACUUAGAUGAAAUAGUCCUGUUUGGUAAAGACGCUGAUAAGAUAUAGAGUCUUUUGGUAGCACUGAUCAACAAUGCCAAAAUGUUUGGAAUGCGCUUCUCUCCCUCGAAAUGCAAGUUGUUGCUUCAGGACUGGUCUGCGUCAACACCUGAACUAAAGAUAAAAAGAGUGAAGUAGUCGAACCCGUUGACAACUUCACUUAUGUUGGAAGUCUGAUAAGCCCUAAUGGGUUGGUGUCUGACGAAAUCUCAGCACGGAUUCGAAAAGCUCGUUUGGUUUUUGCCACCUUACGCCACCUAUGGCGAAAGUGAGAUAUCCAUCUGUCAAUAAAAGGACGAGUAUACUGCUCGGCAGUCCGUUCUGUGUCAAUUUAUGGCAGUGAAACAUGACCAUUAAGAGUAGAGGAUAUUCGUAAGCUACUGGUAUUUGACCACAGAUGUCUCAGAAAUAUUGCUCGCAUGUGCUGGGAUCAUCGGGUAAGUAAUAGUGAGGUUAAACACAAGGUAUUAGGGAAUGAUGGUAAAUCAGUUGAUGAGGUUGUGAAUGUUCAUCGACUGAGAUGGUUGAGCCACGUGUUGCGUAUGUCUGAACAGCGAUUACCACGACGUGCAAUGCUAUCCGGUAUUGGAGAUGGUUGGAAGAAAGUUAGGGGCGGCCAAACCAAAACGUGGCAUCAGUGCUUGAAGUCACUAACUUCUAGUCUGAGCCAUGUUGGUAGAUGCAGUCUACUUGAUUGGGGUUCGCAUGACUAUCGUAACCAAUGGUUGGAGAGUGUUGGUGACAUGGCUCAGAAUCGAUCACAAUGGCGUCGGUGUAUACACUCUCUAUCUUCCCUUAAACUAAGAGAUUAAAAUCACUUCAUAUCUUUCUUUCUACGAACUAAUUCUAUCUUCCUGUACUAUAUCCUUAUAUGCAAUCUUUCUUUUAUAUAUUACCACCAUUGAAUUAACUACUUCUAUGAAUCCAGUGUUCAUCUUGUUGUACUAAUGUGGUGAGGUAUGGCAACUUGUACCGAUGCACAUAUGUGCCUGGUCCUACGUUGUAGCUGACUGACUGAUAUUCUAUGCACACUCUUAAGGGCUCUUACCUUCAAUACCUUUCCCUAUUGUUCACGUUAAAGUGUAAAAGUAGUUUGAGAUUAUAGGAUGGAUCUGGGACGUCAAUAACAAGCAUUCAAUAAACAGAUCACCUUUUCCACGUAUUCCCUCGCAUCUAUCAUUUUACCUUUUUCACUGACAUAUAUAUAUAGUGCUUAUUUUAAUAUUUCCUGUUUUCUCAGGCUCUACAACCUAUCUAGAACAUUUAAAUCCAGAAUCCAAAGAUAUACGACGUCGUGUCAGCCACAAUGAAGGUAAAUAAUUUUACAAUUCAAUGAUUAUUGUGUUUUUGUUUUGCCGCAUUUUUCGGCAUGCUUUGGCAAUGUGGUGAUGUGGAGAGAGAAAGAAGAGGUCUAAUUAACAACCUUGACCUCAUUGAUCACGUGUAUAACCCUUUUGUUUUCUAUUGAUCUUUAAGUCACUGAAAUGUUUUCUUACGACUGUGUGUUUUGGAUGUAUAUACAAACUGAAUUCCGUACUGUUAAGAACAACGGACGAUGUUAGAUAGUGUAGAAGGUUAAAAGAAACUAGGCAUGAUAUCAAUCUAUAAAGUCAUUAGUCGUGAGGUUCUGUGGCAGUGUUUGUCACUGGAAGGAGUACCAAAGAAGUACAUUAACCUUGUAAAGGCUCUCUACUCGAACACAACUGGUCGAGUGAGAGCUUACGGCGAACUGUCAUCAGAAUUGAUUACCUCAAGUGGUGUUCGUCAGGGAUGUCUACUCUCUCUAUUAUUCUUUAACUUUGUCGUUGACUUACCUCUAGAGACGACACUUUCCUCAUCUGACUCUCCAGGAGUUGAACUUCUACCGGGAGAUUCAUUUGUUGACCUAGAAUAUACCGAUGACAUAGUUUUAUUUAGUGAAGACGCUGACAAAAUACAGAGUCUUCUGACCACUCUAAGCAACAAUGCAAGCAUGUUCGGCAUGCAUGGAUUAGACCUCUAGGUCAAGGGCUCGGGGUGUGACCCCUUAAGAAAAUCACCUGGUUCGAUCUGAGCACCUGGGCAGUAUGACUGUAGUGGCUUCGCUUCGCUAAUCAAUCCACCUUGACAGCCGUUAUAAUAUAAAUCUAAACGGUGUUUGAAAUCAAAAGGCACUGAGAAGCGAUAACUGCAGUGAAGAUCAUAAAGCUAUAAGCACUUCAAGCGAAUUUGAAGUAAAAGGCGAAUAUGUGUAUGCGAGCAAAUCUAGUCGCAAAUUUAUGGUCAAGUCUCAUUAGGGCACAGCAAGGCCGAGCUAAAGUUAAUAAUAGGAUUUGAGUACAGACAUACAUGGGGGGAGGUGGAUGAGUCAUCGGGUGAUAUUUAAGCAAUCAACAUUUUAGCUAGGGUCUAUCAUGUGAUCUAGGAUCAUAACAGUACAAAUAAAUAUGCGAAUUGUUACUUUUUUACUAACAUUGUUAAGUUAAUAAAAGGGUUUAACAAAAAUUAAACAUAAUCUAGGUUGGUUGUAGAUAGUUGCUAUGUGAAAGCCCACACACAAAACAAUUGACUUAUGGGGGGGCUAUGUAUUCGGUGCCCCUUUUGUACCAAUAUUUAUGUGUUGAAAUAAUAAUAAUAAUAAUCGUCCCAGUAACCGCAAUUAUUGAUUGAAGACUAAGUGGAAUGCCUCGGAAUCGGUCACAAACUGUAUUCAGUUUUUGUUUCCUCCAGACAUGGAAUCUUAUUAUUUCUUUAUACGUGUUUUUGUUUCCUUCUGUCUUUUCAAAUCAUACUCUUGAUGCUUAUAAUGUUUCUUAUUUUCUUUUGGUACUACAACUAUUUUAAUCUUUUUAAUACUGUAUUGAUGAUUGAUAGAUUGUUUACAUGUAUUCAUUUAGUGUUCCAGGUCUUCAUUAAAAUCUUGAACCAUAUGUAUAAAUAUUUUCAUCAUUUACCAGAUAUUAAUACUCCUUUUUUGACAGUAUUUUUGUUGUAAUUUUCAAUUACAUCACCUAGAUCUUUCUUAACUAUCCACAUAGCUUCAUCGGAAGCUAUCUAACUAAGUUUGUCUAUUUGAAGAUAAUAUUUUUAUUCUCAGCUGUGUAUAGUUCACCUGGGUGUGUUUUCAACGUGAUUAUGAUUUGGAAUAUAUGUAUUUUUCCGAAUUACGAUAAUACACUUCACAUUGUAUUAGUCUGACAAAAAGACUACACUGAUAACGAAAGUUUGUAUCAUAUGAUUUAAUAAGACAUAUAUACAUAUAUCUUGUCCAACUGUGUCUUUUUACAUUUUUAUCUUAUGACUCUGCCUACUCAACUGAUUAGUAAACUGUUAAUGAAGUGUAACUGUCAUAGUCAAACCUAGAUUUAAUCUAGGUUUACUUUCAUAUACUUUUAAUAAGUGCACCAAACGUUUUGCUUACUGUGUCUCAAGAUUUUUGUUGUUGAAUUCCGAUUUGUUUUGAGAUUUAACAACUCUUAGCAUCUAUUGUAAAACAGGAUACUAUUAUUUCGUUUUCUAGCAAUAGGUGUGUGAUGAAAUUAAAUAGAAAUGAAGAUAGUGGACAGCCCUGUCCGAUACCACUUGAGGUUGCAAAAUCAGAUGACAGUUCACCAUCAGUUCUGACACGACUGAUAGUGUUCGAGUAAAGAGCCAUCACAAGGCUUAUGUAAUUCUGAGGUACACCUUUCAAUGACAGACACUGCCACAGAAUCUCGCGGUCUACGGAGUCAAGUGCUGCUUUUAAGUCAAGAAAGACCACCAUUGUCUGACGCCGAUAAGUAUGCCUGUGUUCUAGAACCUGAAGAAUGGUGAAUAUGUGGUCGAUGCAGUGACAACCAUGUCUGAAGCCAGUUUGAUUUUCUCGUGUUUGCAGUUCACGAGUCUUAGUUAGGUGUCUGAUAAUUAUCGAGGCUCGUAUUUUAAAUACUAUAUCAUUUAAACUAAUCCCUCUAUGGUUGUCACAGGACGAUUUUGACCCUUUCUUAUAUAUUGGGACGAUAAGUGAUUGUGACCAGUCAGAUGAGAUAACGUCGAAUUUCCAGAUUUUAGCUAAAAUAUUAAUCAAGCUAAUCGCUAAAAUUGGAUCACCAUCCCUAAAGACCUUUGGAGUUAAUCCAUCUGGACCAGCUACUCUUCCUCGUUUCAGAUUGGUUAUAGCUUUUUGAAAUUUAAUUAAAUUCAGAGUGUCUAUUUCAAUGUUCCAUUCCGACUGUUUGGAAAUGGUGGAUAGUUGUAGUUGUAGAGUAUCUGAAGACCAGGUGAACUGCUUCUUAAAGUGUUCCUCCUAUCGUUCUAACCGUCUGAACUGAGAGCAGAUAGGAGUGUGGUCCUUUUUUCGAGAUUGUCUCAUUUACACUUAACUCUUUAAUUCCGGUUUAAUUUUAUUAGUCUGAAAAGCUGUCCAGUGUUACGUGAAGCCAUUGUCUUUUCCAUCACUUUUGCUUUCGUUGCCCACCACUGCUCACUAUUGUUCCAUAACUUUUGGUUUAGGUAGAUGUGAUUUGUUUUCGCUCUUCAUCGUGCUUGGAGCAUGAUGGGUGAUGAGUUUACGUGAAUCUACGCGUUCAAUGGACUUAGUAGAAAUGCACUGAUUUUUCGUAACCCUUUGAUUAAAAUCACUAGUAGAUGUGGGUGCUGUUUCUACAACUGUUUGUAUAUGAUUUCAAGCAACAUCUGGGUCAGCCUCGUUUUCAGAAUUGCUUGGGUGCGAGCUCAUUUGUUCAUGGAAUUUACCUUUGGCUCUCUUAUCGCUGAGUUCCACUGUAAUGGGUCUUAAUGUAGUUUUUCUGCAUCCAGUGAGGUGAAAGCAAAUGCGUGCUCGUAUUAGAGCAUGAUCGGAGUCCAAAUAUGUGUUACAGAACGAGCGACAGUCUUCUAUCGAGCCUCUCCAACGAUGACUGAUGAGGAUAUGGUGUAUUUGAGUCCAUCGUUGGUUUGGUACAGGGGUCGCCAUGCUAAAUGAUGUCUCUCCUUAGGCUUAAAAUUAGUGUUUGCUAAAAACAAACGAUUGUCUGAGCACAUUUUCAGCGGACGAUCACCAUUAUCUGUUCUCUGUGCCGGAAUACUAAACCACCCACUUAAAUGUCUCUCUUUGGUUUAAGCUACCUGCUUGGUCAUUAAAUUCACCUAUGAGUACCAUGAGUAUUCAGCUUUUUGAAGCAGUUCAGUAAGCUUACUGAAACAUUUAUUUUCUACUUCAUCAGGGCUGCAGUCCGUGCGAGCGUAGGCAGAAACGACAUAAAGGCAACGAUAUGUGUCACUAUCCUUCCGAGUUUUUAAGAAACCAUUUAGCCGAACAGCAUAUAGGCGACUGUUAACGGUAAUCCACUCUAGUAGUGCUUGUUCUGCCCUCAUACUUAUUGCUAUGCCUGCACCCACUAGUUCACAAGAACUAGUCAUCGAGUCGAUAAAUAAAUGGAGGGUGUAUCUCGUUGUCUCCCUCGUUUUGGCGAGGUGAGUUCGAGUAAAUGAUCACACUAGGAUCCUGUAUGCGUGUUUCGUAGACACAGAAUACGUUGAUGAUACGAGAUUCUAAGGUUUUAGUCAAGGAGGCCCGCUGGCCGAUUUGACAUAGAGUACGUGCAUUGAAGGCUCCAAUGUGUCGUUUUGAGCCGAGGUUCAGUAGAUGUGGGACAGUAUUUCGAGCUCAGUGACAUUUGAGGAGGGAUUCAAAAGAGGACGUUUCGAGUUGAAAGUCGAGGUAGGAGGAAUAAUAGGAAUUGAAGAGGGAAAUUGAUUAUGAAUGGAGUGAUCUUGAGUGCUGUUAGCGGUAUGAAGGCAGUUAUCACUUCCCGGUUCACUACACCGUGGAAGGGUUCUUCUGGAGGGAGUAGGGAAAAAUCGGGUUAGAAUUGGUCUUAGUGACUUGGGAGCCUGACCACAAUACUCAAGGUACAACUGCUUGAUGUCAGUGACACACGUCGUUUUUGUGAAUAAUCUUCGUGUUAGCUCCGUACUUGUUGAGACCUUACCGCUGGAGACCGAUAUCCUUGGGAUAGGGUGAGGUGUGCAUGUUGACAUUUUCUAACCCCACCCUCCUUUGUGGGAAGGCGGAAUCGUUUGUUACGCUGGUUGUCUGAAGGAAACAGCUUAUUAUCGUCACACCUCUGUACAUUAAUUAGUAUGACUUCGCCCUCGGACCUUAGGUUUGUUGCUUUUAGUCUUACCACUCUUCAACCGACCUGUCUGUCAUUGUAGGACAUUGAGAAACGAUUGUUCCAGCCAGUAUAGCUCGAUUGAUUCAUUACGAUAGGCAAGCCCAACUACCACAUUAAGGUAGCAGCUACGAUCGGGAGCAGGCAAUAUACUCGUACAGUUAUUUGAGAGUAGCCCACUAGUUAAUACGAAAAUGGUAUUCUUAAACACGAUGUAUGGCUAGAAGAUAGCUGAAUUAGGGAGUUGAUUUGACUCGAAAAAGUUGAAAUUCAAAUCAGUAAAAUAAAACACAAUCAAUUAGUAAUUUUAUCGAGUUGUAACACGUAUAAAAAGAGAAACUGCGCUAGUUUCUGAUGGCCUUGACACCAUGACCUAACCUAAGUGUGUGUUGACAUACUAUGUAUAGCUGAUAUCCUACUUUAUACAAAACAGUACUGAUUAUUUUCUUUGAUCUGCUUUCGUGGCAAUUAAAAAGUAGCGUCUCAUGAGCUAUCAGUUCCAUAUCGCAAACACGCUUCAUUUCCUCUGCUAACUAACAAUGGAAUUGUACUCCCUUACCUAAUGGAUUUUUAUAUGAUGUGAUGUCAGUUGUUCGUCCUCUACUUUCGUUUGAUUUCCAUGUUCCCUUUUUAACAAUUCAUAUUGAAAAAAGGAUGGUAACCAAUUUAACAGGAUGGUGAUGUUAUCAUGUAAAAGACAAACCCUGUUAUCAUCUAUUGGUUUAGUGUCUGUGUUCUAGCUUUGACUUUUGUUUUUUUGUAUGAAAUGAAGUAUUUACAAUGCUAUUGGACAAAACCUUGUAGCUACACUUGAAGUUCACACUGCAACAGUUACAAAUCUAUUCGCUCAGUUGGGCUAACAAUAAUAUAAUGGUGCUGCUAAUAAUUUAAGUGAAUCAACAAACUUUUUAGAACCAAUAAAUCUAUGAUCAGAGUUGUCAACAUUUUGUUCGGAUUUUAAUUCAGUCUCACCAAUGUAUGUAAAGCUUUCAAAAUAUAAAUAUCUUUCAUAAUAUACAUAUCAAUAGUCACACUACUGUUAAAUCGUAAACUAUUUUUAUAUUUAUUUAUUUAUUUAAACAUACAAUGAGGCACCGAAAUAUACGCGCCACACUUCGUCAUUCGAUAUGUGUAAGAGCUGGAAUACCGCUCGGGCACCAAAACCUAAGUAGGUGGUUUUCUUACGGGGGCACACUACAAACAUUUGACCUAGCGAUCUAAUCAAAAAAGCAAUGAAACAACGUUGGGAGAUGCAGUCCCAUGGUAGCCGGUGACCAACAACAGGUUCAUACACCUUUUGUUGCCUCGGCAUCCUGAAACCCAUGUGCACCAUUGGUUUGGAAUCAGGGUUUUCUAACUCAUUUAGGUGGAUCAUCCGUUUACACUCACCCAGUUUAAAAGCCGAACAUCCUGUUUUCGUCCUCUCAAUUCCUUAGGCAACACCCCUCCUCACUUGAUAAUGCAGUCUGGAGGACUCCUCUGACAGUGGCUAAUAAAUGCGUGGUCACAUGAGGACAUUUGUGGUGGGGGCUCUCCUUACCCUCACCCAUCUGGGGUAUUUAUAGAAUCUUGGAGAGUAACUUAAAAGAAGGUAUAAGUCAAUGUUCAGUGCUUGUUGGGGUACGUCAUACAGUGAGGUAUAUCCGUUACCAAGUCUUUUAACCAAGCAUAUAACUGAUAAUAUAGUAAGUAUCUCAUUCCAAAUGACUGUUAUUAUUUUUGUGAUGUAAAUAUAUGGCACUGAGCUAUAUAUUAAAACAUCUGUUUAAAACAGAUUAACUUUGCUCACUGGUCAGCCGGAUCAAAUUCUUUUCUAGAAGAGAUAAAACAUCUAUACUUAACAAAUAAAUGUUCACAUACAUCUGUCUAGAUAAAAAUCCCUUGUUGAUUCCUUAUUAUCAUAUCCUUAUCAGUUCAUCCUUCAUGAUCUCCAACUCAGUAUACAAAUCUUUCGAUUUCUUUUAAAAUUAAAAUAAAAACUAAUAAUAAUAAUCGUUAUUUGUUCAUUAGGGUGAUUAGAAAAAUCCUUACCAUUGCCUCCUAAAUACAGUUCAUCUGCAAUUCAUUAGAGGAGGAUCUAAUUUGUUAUAUGCUAAUGAAGAAUAAAUGAAUGAUAACUGCUAGGGAUUAUUUAGGAACUAUUAUUACGUAGAUUCCUAUCUGAUAACUUAAGUAACUAGAUUAUAUGUAUAUUCAUAUUUCUUUUAUCAUAAGCUUUUAUUUGACCUAUCGACCAUUGUUAUACGAUAUAGUAUUAACUUAUUUGCAAAUAAUUAGUUACAGUCUCUCACAAUCAUAACCACUUUUGACUUGAUCUUUCAUAACUGUUAUUCUUUAUUUUAUGGUGUGAUGCUGUCAGGUUUGCUUGUGUAUAAACUACGUGUCUGAAACUUACUAUACACACAAUAGAGGUUGAAGUUGCGUUCUAGACUAGACGGGCAAUGCUAGGUGAGAAUGACAAGUAAAGACUCAGAGUUGACUCAAGGUUGCUUGUGCUUGCUAACGAAUCAUUAGUUUAGCACAUGGAUAAGGUCAAGGAAGUUGACAUUCUGACUGGCGGUUUUGUCAUCUGAUAAUUCACAGUGGCAAAAGUCAUAACAUGAUUAAACUUACAAUAUUGUGACGACCUUUAAAAGAAGUUUUUCAUUAGUUAUUCUAAUAGUUUUUAUCUUUAAUACUUUUUAGUUCACUUAUAAUUUUGUUAUUAAAUCAAUGACUAUCAUAAGACUGAUUCAUAUCAAUCAAACUUUCAACUGAUUGACUUAGUAGUAGUUGAAAUCACUAAGAGUGAAUAACACAACAUAACGAUAACUUUUUAAUUAUCAUAAUAAACUUAAUUUAUAAUUCAGUUCCACUAAUCAAUAAAUGUUUACUUAUAAUCGAUAAUUGUGUUAUUUUACCAUGAUAAAAAUGAAUUGGUUACCUGUUUUUCUAUACAAAAUAAAGUCGAGUGAAUAACGUCUACG